AUGAGACAAAGUCUAACUCGAUUGGUGAGGCCACGUCGACCAGAGAGGCCUAAUCAGUCGCCACUUUUACCACCAUUAGUGCUAUACCGUGCCAUCUUGAGGGCUCAUGUUCACAAGUUACCGCAUGAGCUACGUCAUUUUGGAGAUCAAUACGUGAAGAAGGAGUUCAAAGAUCAUAAGAAAACAGAUAACCCAUUGCAUAUAGUAGGAUUCCUAACUGAAUGGCAGGACUACUUAAAGAAAUUGGACGGCGGGAAAUGGUUAGAUGGGAAACUCAGCAAACAAGAAUUGGAUAAAAUGUCACCCGAACAAAUUGGUCAAUUACAUGAGUUGAUGAAGGCUACAAAAAAGAUAGGGCAAGAAGAAAAUGAAGUAUAA